AUGGUCAAGAUAACUGAAGUGCCGGAUGACAGAUUAGAUAGCAAUCAAGCAAACUUUAAAUCAUUGGAGUCACAAAUUGGCCAGCUGUCGAAAAGGAUUGAAAACACCGAGAAGCACCAAUUCCGGGCUAGCACUGAGGUUAACCCCAAAGAAGAAUGCAAAGUUGUUAUAAUCGGGGAAAAGAAGAAGGCUGAGGAUGAUCUAGUCAAUAAGGGGAACAGUGAGAACAGAGACAAAGAGAUGGUAGGUGUAGAGAAAAGAAAGGAGAGCCAGGAAAUAGAAGAGGCUAGUGAGUUCAACGUUAGUGGAGGUAAAGAAGAGAUGCGAGUUGAAAACAGUCAUGAUGGGAGAUUUAGAGAGAUUUUAAAUCAAGUGACUAUGGUACCUGAAGUAAAUCCGCAAAGCCCUCCUUAUGUUGAAAGAAUCAAUGUCAAUCUUGAAGAAGAGACUGAACUCACUGAUGAAGAGGAGGAUGUUACUGUUCAACCUUUAAAGAGGGAUCAUCCAUUUAAGGUAAAAGAUCCCGGAUGUGUAACAUUAUCAUGCGCCCUGAAUGAUUUUGAUGUAGAAGCCAUGAUAGACUCGGGAUCUAACAUUAAUAUGAUGCCCACAAAUUUUCUGACAAAAAUAAGAGGGAUUGUGUUGAAACCGUCUGAUCUCACUGUGAUGAUGGCCGAUGGUUCAGUAAGAAUACCAAUGGGAAUGGUGGAAGAUGUUAUUGUAUGA